AUGGGCGAGGAGGAAGCAGCUGCUCCGUUGCUGGUGGCGGUGCCGGGCAACAAUGGUGACGAUCUCCGCCUCGACCUCACCCGCACCAUCCAUGGAGAUGGAGAUGAUGAUGGGCGGAAAGCUGCAGGAGAGGCGUCGUCAUCGGCGAGGCAUGCGCUGCCGGGGUGGGACUGGGCGGAGGUGACGGGGCAGCUGGCCUUCGCGGCGCCCAUGGUGGCCACCAGCAUGGCCUACUACGCCAUCCCGCUCGUCUCCGUCAUGUUCGCCGGCCGCCUCGGCGACCUGCAGCUCGCCGCCGCCACCCUCGGCAACUCCUGGGGCACCGUCACUGGCAUCGCGCUCAUGACCGGGCUGAGCGGGUCACUGGAGACGCUGUGCGGGCAAGGGUACGGGGCGAGGGCGUACCGGACGAUGGGCGUGCACCUGCAGGCUUCCCUGCUCACCUCGACGCUGGCCUCCGCCGUCGUCUCCCUCGUCUGGCUCUACUCGGAGCCGCUGCUCGUCUUCCUCGGCCAGGACCCGGCGACGUCGCGCCUGGCGGCCGACUUCCUCCUCCACUCGGUGCCCGCGCUGUUCGCCUACGGCUUCAUCCAGUGCGCGCUCCGCUUCCUGCAGGCGCAGUCCGUGGUGGCGCCGCUCGUCGCCUUCUCGCUGCUCCCGCUGGCCGCGCACGUCGGCGUCGCGCACGCGCUCGUCAACGUGCUCGGCAUGGGGUUCGCCGGCGCCGCCGUGGCCACCUCCGUCUCGCUCUGGUUGUCGUUCCUCAUGCUCGCCGCGUACGUCAUGUUGUCGGCCAGGUUCAGGGAGACUUGGCCGGGGCUCACAUCGGAGGCCUUCCGACACGUCCUGCCUGGCAUGAAGCUCGCCAUCCCCUCCGCGGUCAUGGUCUGCUUCGAGUACUGGUCGUUCGAGAUCCUGGUGCUGUUUGCUGGGCUGAUGCCAGAGCCUCAGCUCAGCACUUCCAUCAUUGCAAUGUGCCAAAACACUGAAGCAAUAUCAUACAUGAUCACCUAUGGCUUCGCCGCCGUCAUCAGCACACGGGUGUCCAACGAGCUGGGAGCCCGGAACAUCGCCAACGCGAAGAAGGCGCUGGCCGUGUCGCUGGCGCUGUCCCUGAUGCUGGGGGUGGCGUUCCUGCUGCUCCUGGGCCUCGGCCACGAGGUGUGGGCGCGGCUCUUCAGCAGCAGCGAGGCCGUGGUGAGCGCGUUCGCGUCCAUGACGCCGCUGCUCAUCGGCUCCGUGGUGCUGGACUCCACGCAGGGGGUGCUGUCGGGCGUCGCCAGAGGCUGCGGGUGGCAGCACCUGGCUGCCUGGACCAACCUGGUGGCCUUCUACGUCAUCGGCUUGCCCCUCGCCAUCCUCUUCGGGUUCACGCUUGGGUUCCAGACCAAGGGGCUGUGGAUGGGCCAGAUAUGCGGCCUCCUCUGCCAGAACUGCGUCCUCUUCUUCAUCACCCUGCGAACCAACUGGGAGGAGUUAGACCUCACCAUGUUCAACAAGGACAACGAUUUUGUCUGCUGA